AUGGAUAUCCAGAUUCCCUCCCCCUCCGUCUUUCUGAAGAAGUCACCCAUCCUGACACCCGCCCCUACUGUUCCACCAAAGCGGCCAGCCGUUGCGAAACCCAAGGGCAAUGUCACCUCCAAGCCCUCCAACAAAUCAGCGCUGGCAGUUCAAGAUGCGGCAAUAACAAAACCUAAACAAAGCAAGAGUAGAAAUGGUUGCAUGACCUGCAAGAAGAAGCGGUUAAAAUGCGACGAGACCAAGCCGUCGUGCGCCCAGUGUCAGAAGAGGAAUGUCGUCUGCGAAGGGUACAAGAAAGACUACAAGUGGAGAACGUUCGAGGAAACCACCUUUAGCACCAAGUCGAGCUCGAAGAAGAAGGCAUCCCGAUCGAACUCCUUCAACGUCGACCAUUAUGGAACUCAACCACUCAAUAUUUCCAAGGGCGGCAGAUCAAAUCCCAACGAUCCAGCACACGAGGAUGUCCAGCCUCCACAAACAUGGUCUCCUGGUCUGCAUACUGCCUUUACCUCGGCCACCACUGCUUUCAGAGGUUAUCCUCAAGGCUCACCAAGCCCGGAGUUACAGAAUGAGCGUCUGUCAGAGAAGCGACGAUCGCAAUAUCCCAAUCAAAGUCCUGAUUCCGUUUUCAUGCCAGCAUUCGACGCUGAAACCAUCUCACCAGGCCUCGCGUUCGGCGAACAUACCGACCCUUUUAACUUCCGCGCAUCAGCAGCCGAUUCCGCGACAGAGAACAACAGUGCCAGAUCAUUUUCGUCUGGAUCUCCACAGUUGCUCGAUCUUCUCCUACCGGGGACAGACCUGACCCAGCCUCCUGAUCCAUCAGAAUCACGGCCACCAAUGUCACCUUUGCCUUAUCAACCGGAGCCCAACUUGCCAAAUGAAGACGCAUAUGAUGAGGAAAUUAUCCGCUCAGAUACCUUACCAACUACAGGUGGACCGUUUGCUGUACCUGCUGCAGCGACCUGGCAAACCUUCCGCACGUCUUCACCCACCCCUAGCGAGGCGUCGACUACCUCUUCCAAGUCUGACCUUACUAUCCUCGCCCAACCAUCGCUUGAUGCUUCGUCUCCUGAGAUGCUGAUGCUUCGGUUCGACAAGCAGACUUGUGGUAUCUUGUCCGUUAAAGAUGGUCCUACCGAGAACCCAUGGCGCACACUCAUAUGGCCGUUGGCUCGUGAAUCUCCUGCUCUAUACCAUGCCAUCUCGUCGAUGACAGCGUUUCACGGUGCGCAUGAGGUUCCAAUGUUGCACACUCCAGGAAUGGCCCACAUGACAAAGGCAAUCAAGCGUCUUGCCUUCGACAUUCAGAACAUGAGAAUUGACUCAGCUCUUGCCACCACAUUGGCUCUGGCCUUCAGCGAAGGUUGGGACAGUCAUGUCAGUACGGGGGUACAGCACCUACGUGGCGCGAAGCUUAUGGUCAAUAAUGCCAUGGUCAAACAUCGACGCGACAUGCAACUCGGCCAAAUGACGACACAAGAUGCCAGCCGCCUAAAGUUUCUUUGUAAUACCUUUGUCUACAUGGAUGUCAUUGCCCGCCUGACAUCCUUGGAAGAGGCAUCGGAAUUGAACUUUGAAGAGAUUCUUUCCACAGUCAACGCACCAUUCGGAGAUCAGGUCGAAGUUGAUCCUCUAAUGGGCUGUGCGACGACAUUGUUUCCCUUGCUCGGUCGCGUCGCCAACCUUAUUCAGCGUGUUCGCAAGACUGAGACGAAUUCAUUGACUCUGGUGUCUACCGCCAUGGAGCUCAAGGAGCAGUUACAACAAUGGCAAGUGCCCAGUGCCAUGAUGGUCGAGCGUCCAGAAGAUCCGAACUCCGAGGUCCAGCAUUCCAUCCAAACGGCAGAAGCAUACCGUUAUGCAACGCUCCUAUAUCUGCACCAAGCCGUCCCGGAGAUUCCAAGCGAUCCUGCCUCAACGCUGGCCAAGAAAGUGCUUCUGACCCUCGCAUCUGUUCCCUUGUCCUCACGCACAACUAUAAUCCAGAUAUUUCCCCUGUUCGCCGCGAGCUGCGAGGUCACGGACGCAGAUGACCGCAACUGGGUCAUGCAACGCUGGGGAGCGAUGAUGGCCCGUCUGAAGAUCGGCAACGUCAGUGCCUGCUGGAGCGUCAUCCAAGAGGUCUGGAACCGCCGCGACGCCUACGAGAGUGAAAAGGCGAAUCGCCUACUGCGGCGCUAUAACUCUCGUGGAGUGCUCGGCGGCAACUUCGUGCCUCCAGUCUUGACCAUGCCGCCCGGACUGAAGCGCAAGGCAUACACAGUAGACAACGUGAAUGAUGCCUCUGGAGUCUUUGUUGGUCAAGGACCAGGACCAGCACAAGCACAGUCAUCACACGAUAAUCUGGACCCCGCGGAAUCGAGCGCUUUAGAGACGGUAGAUCGACAACUCGAGCCUGGCGGACGGCCUAUCAAACGUCGCGUGACAUUCGAUACUAUGAACGGCGGUCUGCCUUCGAAUAUGCCUGGGACAGGGGCGUUCUCAAUGCCUGGUUCGACCUCUGGAACGAAUUUUUCACGUCGUCCGAUGGGUGGCAUUACCUCACCCGACCAACUUGAGCAUGAGUAUACGGUGCGAGGACAGCUGCAUUGGCUAGGGGUCAUGGCAGAUCGUCAAUGGGAAGGUACGUUCUCUCUUUUUGUUUUCUCCGAUUCCUUUCAUUUCAUUUCUGUCGUCAUGGAUCAUUAUUCAUGUAAAAGUUUUGCGUAA